AUGUUUCAAGUAAUGAAGGCCACCCGUCAAAGUUAGUAACUAACUCAAUAGUUAGUGAUGGAAAUAAUGUUGUUUGGGUUUUGAAAUUGUCCCAGUUAUGAUUGUUACUAAUAAUUUCUCUCCCUCGUCUCCCAUCUCCAGUCUAUUAUGUCCUAUAAUGGUGGCGCCGUCAUGGCGAUGAAGGGUAAGCAGUGUGUAGCCAUUGCAGCAGAUCGGAGAUUCGGUGUACAGGCUCAGAUGGUGACCACAGACUUCCAGAAGAUCUUUCCCAUGGGAGACAGACUCUACAUUGGCCUGGCUGGCCUGGCUACUGACGUACAGACAGUGUAAGUGUGCCUUGGUCCACCAGUGCACCUCUUCUUUCCCAAGUUUCUGAGUAUUUGGAUGGUCAGUGCAACGGAUUGGCCUUGCAGGUGAUCUUAAUUAUCCGCUUUAUUUCUCUAUCAGUUCCCAGAGGCUCAAGUUCAGAUUGAACCUCUACGAGCUGAAGGAGGGGCGUCAGAUCAAACCCAAGACAUUCAUGAGCAUGGUCUCCAACCUGCUCUACGAGAGGAGGUGAGUUUACUGAUUUGAAGAAAGCACAGUAUUUCAUAUAUAAGUCUACACUUCCGCCUUGGUGGCAAGUCCGUGACUGAUCCUAUAACAAAUGUGAAUCCCUUGUCUCAGAUUUGGGCCCAUACUACAUUGAGCCUGUGAUCGCUGGUCUGGACCCCAAGACCUUUGAGCCAUUCAUCUGCUCCCUGGACCUGAUUGGCUGCCCUAUGGUGACAGAGGACUUUGUUGUGAGUGGCACUUGCUCAGAGCAGAUGUACGGCAUGUGUGAAUCUCUCUGGGAGCCAGACAUGGUAGGUUAUUGUGUACUGUAUUGUAAGAUAAUACAUUGAGUAUGAUAGUUGAUUAUAUCUCUGACUGUCUUUAUUUACAAUGGUUAUUUUUGACACCUUCAGGAACCAGAGGACCUGUUUGAGACCAUCUCCCAAGCCAUGCUGAAUGCAGUGGACAGGGAUGCCGUUUCAGGCAUGGGUGUCAUUGUGCAAGUCAUGUAAGUACAGUCAUACAUUUUUUGGAUGAAAUACUUGUUCAAUUUGUAAUUAAUCUGAGGAUUCAUACAAAUGACAUGACAUUUAGAUGGUGAUAGUAGUAAUGCUCAGGUCAAUGUUGUAGUGACAGUACCCAGUGCCUUGAUUGACUUCUUCUUUGACAGUGAGAAGGACAAGAUCACCACACGUACCCUGAAGGCCAGAAUGGAUUAA